AAGGCAGAGGGACUGACAGGCAGGAGGAAGGAACAGCUGCCUGUGUGUGAGACAGAGAGAGACAGAGAGCUCAGGGAGGGCUCUGGCCACAUCUGUUUGAGGAUUAAGGAAGGAAGGAGAAGCGAAGAGAAAUGAGCUGAGUGAAGACUAGGGCUUAGGCUGUCUCCCCAGUGCCAACAGCAAGGACGUGGCUGGGAAGUCAGAGGGACUUAGAACAUUUGCCCCGGAGACCCAGGUCCCAGCCUGAGGACCUUCAGGGCCAGAAGAAACUCCUCGCUCCCAGCAUCCUUCUCCCACCCUUGGAGCUGGGAUCCCCGAGGCAUGGAGGAGCAGCUGGAUUGGGCGGCCUAUGGUGAGAACCAGACGGGAGACUGUGAGUAUGAGGAAUGGAGUCCGUCCCUGGUGCUCCUUCCCACCAUCUAUCUGCUGGUUUUCCUGCUGGGCACCACAGGCAACGGCUUGGUGCUGUGGACCAUCUUCCGGGGAGGGCAGGAGAAGCGGCGCUCGGCCGACACCUUCAUUGCCAACCUAGCCAUGGCUGAUCUGACCUUUGUAGUGACCCUGCCACUUUGGGCUGCCUAUGCCUGGCUGGGCUACCACUGGCCCUUUGGCUCCUUCACCUGUAAGCUCAGCAGCUACCUGAUCUUUGUCAACAUGCACGCCAGCGUCUUCUGCCUGAUGGGCCUCAGCAUUGAUCGCUACUUGGCCAUUGUGCGGCCAAUGGCUAAUGCUAAGCUGAGGUGGAGGGCCAGCGGGCUAGUGGCCACCAUUGCCCUCUGGGCCUUGGCGGCCAUUUUGGCCUUGCCAGCCAUGAUCCUCCGGCAGGCAGCAGUGCUAUUGGGAGAAACCAAGGUGACGUGCUACAUGGACUACUCAGGCGUGGUGGCCAAUGGGACCGAGGGGGCCUGGGAGGUGGGGCUGGGCCUGUCCUCCACCAUGCUUGGCUUUGUGGUCCCCUUUGUUGUCAUGCUGACCUGCUACUUCUUCAUCGCCCGCACCAUUGCUGACCACUUCCGGAAGGAGCGCAGCGAGGAGCUGAGGAAGAGGAAGCGGCUGCUGAGCAUCAUCAUCGUGCUGGUGGCCACCUUUGCCUUCUGUUGGCUACCUUACCACCUGGUGAAGACCAUCUACGUGCUGAUGGACCUGGAGGUGAUGCCUUGGUCCUGCGGCUUCCAUGCCUUCCUCAGUAACUUGCACCCCUACUGCACCUGUGUGGCCUACGUCAACAGCUGCCUUAACCCCUUCCUCUAUGCCUUCUUUGACCCUCGUUUCCGGCAGGCCUGUGCUACUGUCUUGUGCUGUAGCAGGGGGCACUGGCCAGGGUCCGGCAAGGACAAGUCAGCCAGCUACUCCUCCAGCCACAGUCAGAACCUGCAGGGGAAGGGUGGGGAGCUGCCACGGGAGAAACUGGGUCCAGGCAGGCAGGAAACUCUGCUCCGAGGCUAAGAAAAGGGGGAUGACAUGGACCUGCCUCUGGGGACAUCAGAUAGAGUGAGUCCUCCUCUGCUGUCACUCUGUCUUUCAUUGCUUCUCUCACUCCUUCUUUCAUACUUUCUUUUCUCUCUCCAUCACUGUCUCCCUCUUUCACCCUUCACUAUCUCUUCGAUUUCUCCUUCUUCUCUUCCUCCAGCUCUCUCUCAGAUUUGCUUCUCCCUUGUUGUAGGCCUUAUGCGGAUAAGGCAUUCCCAAGGUCCGUGCCUACCCUGCAGAACCUCAACACGACCCUUUCAGGCAUGAACUGUGUGCUAGGGGCAUGUCUACACUGCGGCUGGGAGAAGCCUCCCAGACCUACCCAGGCCACCAUCCACUCUGCAAUGGCCACACAUUGCUAUUUUUAGCGCACUAGCUCCAGCAGACCUAGCGCUUGUCCAUCUCCCCAGCUGCAGUGUAGACAUACCCUAAAGCAGCAGUUCUUAACGAGGAGUCUGAGGCCCCCUGAGGGCCACGAGCAGGUUUCAGGGGGUCCGCCAAGCAGGACCAGCAUUAGACUCUCUGGGGCCCAGGCAGAAAGCCAAAUCCCCACUGACCCAAGCCCUGCCAACCGGGCCUCAAGCUGAAGCCUGAGCAGCUUAGAUUCACAGGGCCCCCUGUGGUCUGAGGCCCUGGAUCAUUGCCCUGCUUGCUACCCCCUAAUGCCAGCUUGGCUUUUACAUGCAGAAAAACAGCUGUGGCACAUGUGGGCCAUGGAGUUUUUAUAGCAUGUUAGGGGAGCCACAGAAAGAAAAAGGUUGAGGAUCCCUGCACUAAAGGGCUCAUGACCUGGAGGCAGAUGGCCCCAGGGACGAGUGGUUUCUGCAUUCCCGGCCUUUGCCCCGCACGCACACACACACAAAGGGCUGGCAGGGGCCAGCACUGGUCACUGGCUGGGCAUUGGGGGUGUGGUGUUAGUUUUGGGGGGGGGCUGGAAGACCCCCCCCAAAUAACUACCCCCUAACAUACAUAGCCCGCCCUCCCCACUCUAGCCUAAUCUGCACAGUGUCUUAUGGCUGGAGGGAACGGUUGGCUGCUGCUGCUACCUCUCCUGAGACACUGGCUCCUGUCCCCCUGAAAAUUCACUCUACCCUUUGUCUGCUGUGGUAGGGUGAGGGUCCCCCUCUCUCUUAAUGCCUCGGUCAACACCCAGACCCACAAGGUGUUGGGAGCAAUUGUUCCCCUGGCUGGGUGGGGCCAGUGAGGAAGCUGUUAGCCGUGGGAUUCCCCCCCAGCCAGGCACAUAAAUUCCCUGUACUGAGAGCCACCCUACCCUCACCCAGCCCUCCCUCCUUUACAUCCCCCACCCACCCAGGAUCUCCCCCUGGGCUUGUUUCGUCUGGGGGUGAGUGUGCACCCCAGAGCCACACCAGGCUCUGUUGGGGGGGCGGGGAAAGGCGUGUGUGUCCCACUUCAGCCAUGAUGUGGGAGGAAGAGGAAAUCAUCUCACAAUGGAGGAAAAAGAGGGGAUGGGGGGCAGGAGGGUCCCCCCCCCGAUUUCAAAAUCCAAGCUGCUGCUCCCCCAUGGUCCUGUGUUUAUUCACCAGCUCGCCUUCACCCACAUAGUGAAAACAGACUGUGAGGAGGUGAACGGGCGUCACGGUUCACAUGUCGCCAUCUCCCCUCUGCUCAGGUGGCUUUAGCCACCGUUCCAGAGCAGCUCAGAGGGUGCGCACGCAGAGUCCUGCCCCCGCAUAGCCUAGCUCCCAGAAGGUGGGGCUUUGGUUUGAUUGCAGAGGGGGUGCUAUAUAGAUAUAUAUUACUCUUGCUUCUUAACCAAUCCCUGAUCAUAAUACUUGGCCCUUCUCAUCAGCAGAUCGCAAAGUGCUUCCCAAAGUAGGUUAGUACCAGGUGGGGAAACUGAGGCACAGCACAAAGACGUGACUUGCCCAGAAUCACCUAACAGACCAAAUGAAGGAAUAGCUCUACUCGCUGCCCAUGCCCUGAGUCUGAUGGACUAUGGGAGUAGCUGUGUAAGAAGGGCAUUGUAGGGAGCAAGGGGUGGGCAGUUUUGCUAUUCAGACUGGGGUGUGGCAGGUGAGGGGCCAGCGGGUCACUGGGCUACAUCUCUCACCAUGUGUCCCUUUUCUGGGUGAGGGGCUGAAGGGCUAGGGAAGUGAACGGAAGGGCCAGGUCGGCUAGCGACCAAUGAUUGCAGAGGAGCAAGAGGUGGAACAGCAACAGGAAAGCUCUGAGGUUGCAGCCGCUCCCAUAGGUGCUGUGGAUUUUUUGGGCCUCCCUACCUUACCCACCCUGCUUCUGAAGACCAUGCUAGAAUAAAGCCUGGAGCUGAUGUGCUGUGGCCACAUCCCCCUUCAUCCAUAAGGGCUCUGGAGGGACUCUGGGCAAAUAAGAGCAGUCCCUGACUUGACCCAGCCCUUGAGGGAAUGAUGAAGACUCUUGGCUUGCUAUGGAUCCACUGAGGCUGGAGAAAGGGCCCCAGGGAGGGUGGGUAGCUCCAUUUGAACUACAGCCUGGGUAAAAACAGCCCAUCCACAGCCCUUUCUCCGUUGGGACACGGCUUCCACAGUUUGGAAGACCACAGAGCCCACAGGCAACCUGUAUUUCCAAGUGGACAUCUGGUGACAGAAGAGAGGCCAUGAUCCCCUGGUGAGAUCUCUAGGCCAAAUAUUGUUCUGGGUUGACUUGGGAACAGCCUGCCAGCUUGUGGGGGCAUCUCUGGGAAUCUGACCCCCGCAAAGGCUGCUCCAUCAGAACUCUGAACAAAGGGGUUGCUGCUCAGACUAUGGGGUCACUGCUGAGACGGGGGCCGCCUCUUGUCAAGCCGAUGCAAUGGGCAGUUGUUGUGUAUGAUGAAUAAAUGGGCUU